AUGGAUCCGUCAAGCGAAAAGCCCUUCGAUAGCGAGCUACCACCAGGAACAGUGCGUAUUUUAGAUGUUGCGCAUUCCAGGACUAUCCUCGUUCCUCGACCGACCACAGAUCCGAAUCAGCCUCUAAACUGGAGUACGAAGCGAAAAGUGCUGCAGAUGACCAUUCUCUGCGUUUACACCACCCUGAUCUUUGCAAUUCUUACCGUAACUCCACCUCUUUGGCAGAAUAUCUCGGACGAGCUGGGCAUCUCAAUAGAUGACUUGAACUAUGGAUAUGCAACAGCCUAUUGCUCUCUUACUGUUGCGGCUUUGGUGUUUAUCCCGUUGUCCAUAAACUUCGGAAGACGUCCUAUCUAUCUCAUCACCAGCUUGAUUAUGCUCGCUAGUGCGAUAUGGAUGGCCAACAUCAGAACUACAUUUGACGUUAUUGGUUCUAAUCUUCUUUCUGGAAUCGCUGGUUCUGUCAAUGAGGCUUUGUUUAACGUGACGAUCUGUGAUCUGUUUUUCAUCCAUCAAAGGGGCACCAUGACCGGUAUUUAUCUCCUGGUGGUCAUUCUUGGAACAUACCUUGCCCCUAUCGCAUCUGGAUAUAUCGCUGUCUCUCAGGACUGGCGCUGGGUCUUCUGGCACUGCGCCAUCUACGUGAGUGUGACGGUCAUUGUCAUGCUAUUCUUCCUUGAAGAAACAAAGUGGGAGGCACCACUACUCAACUCCACUCCCCUUCCCCAAAGUGAGCCAUCAGGCACAAUUCAGAAGGGUAAGGGCUCAAUCGAGAAGAUUGAUUCACAAUCGGCAAUUUCCGCAACCUCUGCCUGUGCCCAACAGACCGUCGAUGACACCAUCCCUAUGAAGUCCUACCGUCAACGCCACCCUUGGUACACUGUGUCCCAGAACGUCUCCACAUCUUACAGCCAACGGCUCCUGCGGCAGCUCUACCAGCCAUUCAUGAUCCUUGGUAUCUUCCCCGCCAUCAUGUUCUCGGCCCUGCAAUACGCUUGGUCGGAGUCUAUGCUCUCUUUCCUGGCUGUGACACAGGCGAGUUUGUAUCCUCUCCCACCUUAUAAUUUCUCCGCGAUUGGUGUCGGUAACAUGAACAUCCCACCCGCCAUUGGAGCGAUACUUGGCUCGGUGUUUGGUGGUCCUUUCUCUGACUACUUGAUCAUGGUCAUUGCAAGGAGGAGACAGGGAAUCUACGAGCCAGAAUACCGCCUGUGGACUUUUCUAGUCCCGGGUGCGUCCAUGGUGGCGGGUGUUUUGCUCUAUGGAUUGACCAUUGCCGAGGGAAUGCCAUGGAUUAUCAAUGCCGUUGGCGCAGGCCUAGUUGGCUUUGCUCUCGGCGGCUGCGGCGACAUUGCACUCACCUACGUGCAAGACUCGUACGAUGGUAUCAUCGGACCGGCGUUGAUUGGGAUUGUCUUUGUCAGAAACGGCAUGGCUACCAUCAUGACCUUUGUGAUCCCCGCCUGGCAGGCCGGCAUGGGUGUGUACAACAUGUUCGUGUUGCUUGGCGUGCUUGCGGCGCUGGUCAUGCUCACGUGCGUUCCCCUCAUGAUCUGGGGACGACGCUGGCGGAUGAAAUUGGGAGAUCGGUAUGCUGCAUUGGCCAACGACUGCUUCUAG